UCUCUCUCUCUCUCUCUCUCUCUCUCUCUCUCUCUCUCUCUCUUUCUCUCUCUCUCUCUCUCUCUCUCUCUCUCUCUCGGUAUGAGGACUGUUUGACCGCACUGAAGGAGGCAGGCAGCAGGACGGAUCUGCAGAAGUACUCAGGACUGCAUUCUUCUGUUCAAAGGCUGCGGGAGAAUUGCCCGUGGCCGGUCAGUCUGCGGGAAGCAGGCGGGACUGUAAUAGAAAGCGCCUCGUUUUGGUGACAUUUUCACUGAACAGACAGCUCACAAUCAGCCAGACCACCCGCCAGAAACUGGAUCUGAACCUGAACUGCUACACGUGCACCGCCUGCGUGAACCUUCAGUUUCUCCUUGAACUCCUGUCUGUCAGUAUUGAUGAGCCCCGCUGAGCCCGAUGGUUACAGACAGCAUGAAGCAUAAUGUUCAGCGUUUGCUCCGAUGGACGAACAUUUCAGUCCGUCUCCACGAACCUGGAGGACUUUGACUCCAUCAGAAGUGUUCUCCUGUAUAGUGAGCUUGAGCCUGAGUGGCUGGAUGAAGUCCAAAAGAAUGGUGAGCUGUUCUAUCUGGAGCUGAGUGAGGGCGAAGAGGAGGCUGUGCUAGCCCAGGUCUCCGCCAGUCAAUCGGCUGCCACCAAUCAUGUGCGCUUCAGUGAAAAAGAGGCAGAGAUCAUCACUGAGCAGGGCAAGAAACAAAGGGACUCCAACACAAAAUCGGACACAAAACUAAAAAAAAAGCUAGCUAAGAUACUGGGGCGCAAACGGCGGCCGUCUCAAAGGAAAGGGGCUGAUGGGAAAGAUGGCAGAUCUUCUCAGCAGCCCGCCUCCAUACUGAAGAACCAGACAGGACAGCGGGCCGGACUGGUUGUGCAGCAGCCGCAUCUUAAGGAUGUAUGUGUUUACUUGAACCCUAAACGACUGAGCAGCAUUUCUCCGUCUACUCCAGAGAAAGGAGGACUACUGGAAGCUUUGCUGGGCGUGGUCCACCGGGGAGGAGACAACCGAAGCCGUACGGGAGAAAAGCUCUUUAUCCACGGUCUAGUACCUCAUAGUCCUGCAAGCAAGUGUGCGCAGAUUUUAAUUGGUGAUGUUCUUGUUGCUGUUGAUGACGUGGAUGUUACAUCAGAAAAUAUCGAAAGAGUUCUCUCAUGUAUUCCUGGACCAACACAGGUGCGGUUGACUCUGGAGACGGCCAGUGUGGGCAGGAUCGGUGUGGAACCAGUGACGCCCAGGUCGAGAACUUAUCCACCAGUCAGCCAGCUGGUUCGUCUUCUCUGGGGAGAGGAUACCAUGGAGCUGCAGAUGUCUGUAGCACAUAUACCUCAUAUUGUCAUGUACCUGUCACUCAAACUGGACUCAGAGUCACCUCAGGAGGAGCAGGAGAUCCUGUACCAGUACCCACUGUCUGAGGCCGCAAUGCAGCUAAAAGGAGUAAGAGGUAUCUUUCUCACACUGUGUGAUAUGCUGGAGAAUGUCACUGGAGGACAGAUUGUCAGUUCCUCUCUGUUGCUCAGGAAGCAGCUGGUGCAUGUGGGUUACUGGAAGGAGGGUGCCAACCUGCUGGUGAUUGGCCUGCCAGCUGACAGGGUGCCGUUGCUGCAUCUGCAGACUGUAAUUGAGGGAGUGGUGCGCACACUUCGGGUUAUGUAUGGCUCUCUGGACAGUGCGUUCUGUGAAGGAGAGAACACUCCUCCUUUGGAUCAUUUCUUCUGCCUAUUCUUCCAGCAGCUCCUCCAGCCGUCUCGUUUGAGUGACGGCUCUUGUCCCUCUUCUCUAGAUAUCUCCGGGACACUGUUUCUGGACGGAUUACCAGCAGUUCGGUGGCUCACUUUACCACCAGACAUCAAGGUUGAGGUGGACACUGUUCUUUCAGACUUUGAGGCUUCAGAUUUUGGUGACAUGUCCGAAGACUCCUACGGCAUGAGACGUCUGUAUGUCACUCUGGGUUCCUGUCUCUUCUACAAGGGUUAUCUUAUCGCGAACCACCUCCCUAAGGAGGACCUGCUGGAUGUGUGUUUGUACUGCCAGCACUACUGUCUCCUUGCCCUGCCCACAGAGCAGCGUGUGGGUCAGCUGGUGGUGUGGAGGGAGGUGUUUCCACAACGUCGCACACAGCCCAGCCCCCUCACCCCACGUCUGGGCUACUGUGAGCCCCACGCACGUUACUUUCUCCUGAUUGUUGGAUUGAGGCACUUUAUGCAGUGUGUUUUACUAGAGGCCGGUGGUUGUGCGUCCCCGGCUGUUGGAUCCCCUGGUCCUGACUGUAUUUAUGUAGACCAAGUCAAAGCCACUCUCCUCCAGCUGGAGAGCCUCGACUCGGCCAUUGAAGAGCGGCUCUGUGCUCCACCCACCCCAUGCCUCUCCUGUGCUGACUGGUUUAUUCCCUCCGGUGGACGGGACCGCCUGGAUGGAAUUGGCAGCUCACCUAUCCUCAACCGGCUCACAGCUGCCAUCAAGCCCCCCUCUCCCAGCGUGAUUGGCCGUACUCUGUUUGGAGAGUCGGGUUCAGGCUCUGGUGGUGCAGGACUGAAGGGCAGAAGGCCAAGCCCUCAGAGGAGUCUUUCAGACAGCGGGAGUGAGGGCCGUGGGGAGACCUCUGUGACCUUUACGCUGGCACAUAGUCCUCACACUACACCCGAUGCUGCUCGCAGGAUGCCCUCUGGUGGCUCACGCAGGGACUCACUGGGGUCCGGAGGUUCAGACGGCAGCGGGGGCAGCGGUGGACUGUUUAAGAUGCCCAGACUGAAGCAGCCAAACCCGUUCUAUCUGGGUUCUCUGAGGAAAAGUCUGACGGACAAAGAGACGGAGGAGAUGCAGAAUAUUCUGAAGCUCACAGCAGGAGUGGAAAACACUCUCUUCCACUAUGUUCUUAUGGAGACGGUGCAGGGUAUCUUUAUCGCGCCCACACACAGAGAGGUUUCCCAGCUCAGCGGCUCUAUCCACCCUCAGCUCAUCCGCAACUUCCACCACUGCUGUCUGUCCAUACGGCACGCCUUCCAGCAGAGUCUACCACCACGGGAACGGAGAGGAGCUGACAGGCCUCAGGCUUCUCGAGGGCUUGGUCCUGUUAAAGAACAUGGUGUUCUGUUUCAGUGCAAACCAGAGAACUGGACUGACCAAAAGAAACCUCCCCCCACCAUGACAUACUGGGUCAUCGGGCGGAUGGUCCUAGAACCUGUACCUCAGGAGUUCUAUGUGUGUUUCCAUGACUCUGUGGCAGAGGUUCCUGUGGAGAUGGCUUUCAGACUGUCAUUUGGAUUGGCCAUGUGAUGUUCCUUCAGCGACGCUUCAGCCCUUCUCGGACCCACCAAUAUGGGAUCUUUCUCCACCUGUGGUAGAGGAACACAAGUCUGAUGCACACAGUUUUGGGAAAUGUUUUCCACAAGAAAUAAGGGCCCCUUACUUGGCUAAUGAGGAAAACAUGUUGGAAACUGUGUAAACCUCAAUUCAGGCCUAGUUGUUUAUAGCAAUCGAGAGGGAACAAGGAAUUGAGUUCAGUUUUGGCACUUGAUAAAAGUCAGUGCUUGGGUUCUUGUAUAGAUGGUCUUCAGAUGAAUAGCCUUUCUAGUGAACCCAGUGCUUUGCGGGACUUCUGACUGGUUGGGAGACCGUGUGAUAAAAAUCUCAACAGUUAUACCUCAGGUAUUGUGCUAUAUUAUACCAAAAAAUAGGACAGAAAAAAAAUCUGACUUAAACUGAGAAGCUUGAAGAAAACAAUACAAGCGCUCACAUUUAUACUUCACAUUAUUAUUGGGAGAAACCUUGUUUUAGUUUUGGCCUGUACAUAGCUCUGGAAGUCUUAACACCUGUAUGUUUAAGGUGUUUAAUGUGUUAAAUGUACAGGGGUUGGACAAUGAAACUGAAACACCUGGUUUUAGAUCACAAUAAUGUAUUGUGUUGACGGACAGUUCUGGUGGAAACAGGAGAGUUGAGCUGCACAUUAAAUUCUGCUGUGAUUUGGGCAGUCAUGGUUUUAUGUUUUUUGGAUACAAUCCGGGUUAGCACCUGAACAUCCCUUUCAGACAAGUUCCUCUUGCGUCCACAGUUAAUCCUGUUGGAUGUGGUUGGUCCUUCUAGGUGGUAUGCUGAUAUUACCCUGGAUAGACUUGCUGUCUUGAUCACAGAUAUGCCAGCAAGACGUGCACCAACAAUUUGUCCUCUUUUGAACUCUGGUAUGUCACCCAUAAGGUGUGCAUUGCAAUAUUUUGAGCAAAACUGUGCUCUUACCCUGCUAAUUGAACCUUCACACUCUGCUCUUACUGGUGCAAUGUGCAAUUAAUGAAGAUUGGCCACCAGGCUGCUCCAAUUUAGCCAUGAAACCUCCCACACUAAAAUUACAGUUUCAGUUUUAUUGUCUAACCCCUGUAUACACCAGGACUACAGCCUAAUCUGUAUAUGCUGUAUGAACAGCAUAUGGUUGUUCAGCAGGCACAGUAAGUUUAAUGCAUUUUCAGUAUUUAAGAACGUAAAAUCCAUUAACUUGAAACAAAGUGUAGUAGAAACCAAGUACAGGGAAACGCAAACAUAAUAUUGGUAAACAUCACAAUGCUAAUGUUUCAGCAGAUAGACAGUAGGCAGACAAAUGCUGGACUAUUAGAACAUAAAAACAUUAAAACUGUAGAUUUUAAGAGAGACAUUUAUUUUUCUUAUGACCGAGACAAAUUAUGUAACUUUUUUUUUUUUUUUUUUUAAACCAAGUGACCUUAUUUCAUGCAGGACCAAAUAGAAUGGCUUUCCAUACUUCUACAAACACUGUAUGGAAAAGACAAAAGUUUUGGGACACGUGCAAGGGCAUAUAAAAAAAUAAACAAAUUCAAGGAGGAUUUGAUUGCAUUCAGCGACAUGAGCAUUAGUGAGGUUAAAAUGAGUAGACGUCAUCACCUCUCAACCUUAAAUCUAGGGUCAGCUAUGUUCUUUUUUUAUGUGGGGGAGAUGUUUCUUUAUUUAAUAUGUAGCAGUUUACGUGUUUUAUACAGAAUCUUUAUAAGUGCACAUCACAGAUGUGUGGGAAAAAUGCAAAUAAAUUUGCUAUGUUUACUGUU